AUGAGGGGUGGGGGUGGGUCCAAGCCUGGACCCCCUCUGGUGGCAGUGGAAUGUGUGUCAGAGGAUUCCUGUCUGAGACCCACCAAGCAGAGGAGAACUAAGUUUGGUGAAUUGAAAACUUCUUUACAGAAAAAAUAUGAAGAGGCAAAAAUCACUGACUGGUUCCUCUUUUUCUCCCCACAGAUCUUGUAUACCAGGGUUUCCUGGCCUGAUAGUGCUGUUCCUCUGUCCCCAAGGCCUCGCCCUGCCCGCAAAUCCUCUGGCUCUCUCCCCCCGGAGCUCUCGGACCUGACCCACCUUCUGCACUGGCCUCUGACUCCAGGAGAUGGGGGGGACCUUUUGACCUCCACCAGCCCUGAGACCUCCACCUACCGCCUGAGGGUUCCUGCGCAGGCCAGCUAUGCCCUGGGAGGCUACCUGGAGGCCAUCCUUGUGGCCAGAGACCAGGGCAGACCCAAGACCCAUGGUGGGGAUCUGUUUCGGGCACAGCUGCUGGGUCCUGACUUGAAGGCAGGGGUCCCUGGGGAUGUCCAGGAUCUGGAGAACGGCACAUACCUGCUGUCCUUCCCCCUUCUUUCAGCUGGGCAGGCCCAGGUGCAAGUUCGACUGAUCCAUUCCAGUGAGGCAGUUGGGGUUCUUCGAAGAAUCUGGAGGGACCAAUGGGCCACAGUCGAUUUCAUGGGCUAUUUUCGGGGACUCACAGGAUAUGAAGAAACUGUGACUUGCAAUAUUAACCCCCUGUUAACUGGAGAGGAAGAGUCUACCUGUCACUAUAGGGAUGAAGAUUCGGGGGAGCUCUGGUUCUGCGCUCGACCACCCACCCUGCCCUGCGACUCACUGGUGGGACAUUCAAGUGGACGUUACUGGAAUGUGACCACACCACAAGAGGAGGCCCUGCUGCUGUGGAAUGUGACAGACAAGGUCCUCCCUCGGGGUAUUUCUCCAAUUUGGGUGGCCAAGGAGAGCGAUAGGAGCCUGGUGCCGUCCCCCAGACAACUGUGCCAUCCGGGGAUCCCGGGCCCAAAGCCUUCUGGCUUCUUCCACCGAGGGGUGUGGCACUCUCUUUCCUGCUCUGGCCGCUCCUUCUCCACUGUUGACAGCAUCCUGGGCUGCCUGGCUGGUCACAUCAUCCACAUGAUGGGGGACUCCACGCUGCGGCAGUGGUGGGAGUAUCUGUGUGACACUGUGCCCUCCCUGAAGCCGGUGGAUCUACACGUCACAUAUCAGACAGGGCCCCUGAUGGCUGUAGAGACCACUCGGAACAUAGUGCUGCACUGGCGGGCCCACGGCUGGCCCCUGCGCUCCCUCCGCACACCAGUGGCCUCCCUGCACUCUGUGGUCCAGGAGCUGGGAGGCCUGGCUGGGGGCCCCCACACCGUGGUGGUGCUGGGGCUGGGCGCACACUUCACCACCUUCCCUCCAUCCGUCUUUGUGCAGCGACUGGCAGGCAUCCGGGCAGCUGUGGCUGCGCUGCUGGCCCGGGAGCCCCACACUCUGGUGGUCAUCAAACUGGCCAACACUGGCUACAAGUCCGUGUAUGGCAGUGACUGGUUCACCCUCCAGGUGAACCGGCUCCUCCGAGCUGCCUUUGCUGACCUCCGUGUGGCCUUUGUGGAUGCCUGGGAAAUGACCUCCAGCCUGGCCCUGCCUGACAGCAUCCACCCAGUGCGGCUUAUUGUCCAAAACGAGGUGGACUCCCUCCUCUCCUUCAUCUGCCCCACCUGAAUGCUUCUGCCUUGGGCUGUGUGGACAGAGAAGCUAGUGUGAUGAUUAAGCCUGCAAGCUCUGCCUCUCAGCCCGUUAUUCCCCUUGUCUGACCUUUCUAAUACACUGAAUCCAUGUCAUAAUUCACACAAUUGUGGAUUUUUCAACUUGUUAUUUAGACCAUUUCUUUUACAUGUUUGAAGUCCAUGUUAUUAUGCACUACCAGGAAAUCUGACACAAAAUAGCCAGCAUCAAGGCAUCACUUGGAAAAUCACUGGUUUUUUAAAGAUAAAGAAAUAAUCCUUUAAGCAUUUAAGCAAAAAAGGCUUAAGUCACUUACAAGAGAAAAACUUAGAUUGACUUAAAUCAGUGGUUCUCAACCUUGGCUGAACAUUAGAAUCACUUGGGAAUCUUUUUUUAAAAUCCUGA